GUCAGAUGACGCCGCGGGUCGGCGGCAAGCGGCCCGUGUCGCCCGUCCAACGGGUCGGGACGCCCACCGCCGCCCAGGCGGCCAGCUCGCCCACGGGUAGCAGCAAAGAGAACAGUGACCCAGCGGCGGCGGCGGCAGCGGUGGCGGCGUCCCGGAGCGCCAGCGCUGUGUCGACGACCAGCGAGGACAGCAUCCGGCCCGAGCUGAGCCACUUCAAGCCGAUCCGCGCCGCUCCCCGCACGCCGCCGCGGCGCAGACAGGAUGGCGCCCUGGAGCGGCCGGCCCUGGUGCACGCGUUGCCCCGGCCUCCUUCCCGCCAGUGGACGACGCCGUCCGCCGCCAGCCAGCGGGACGCGCACGCCAGACGCGGACUGAACGCGGCUGAGAUCCACGCUCGUCUUGGUGAUGGCGCUGACGAAGACGACGGCGGUGAUUCAGAGAGCGGCGCCGCCGUCGCCGGAAAGAAGCGAGCCGCCAGUCCGCGACCGGGGGAGGGACCGGCGGCGAAGCGGCUGGCGGCGCCACCCGACGCCGAGAUCGACUUGAGCUCGGCGGAGCUCCUGGCCCAGCAGCGCGAGGCCGAGCGGCAGCUGGAGCUGGAGCUGGCCGACCGGCGGCUGGCCGAGCAGCUGCAGCUCGAGCUCAACAGGCAGCAGCCGGUGGACCGCAGGAAGGGCAGCGAGGACGCGUACCGUCUGCGGCGGCCGGCGCGGCGCGGCCGCAGCCAGCUCUCGAUCCAGGAGAGCCUGGGCCGCUCGCUGUCCCGGUCCGGGGCGCGCGCCGGCCGGUAGUGUCGC